GCUGUACUUUUCAGGGUGUCAAGAGGGUCUGUUCCUUGACCCUCCACCUCUGGGGUGAGGAGGGGUCUCUGCCAUAUCUUUGGGGCUGGUUGGUAGGAGAGGACUGGAGCUGGUUUCUCCUUGAUGCCAGGAUACGCAAGCUAGGACCUCUCCACCCUUCCACAGUCAUCCAUGAAGAUCCGGCCUGCAGGACUUGGGGAUCAGAGUGUUCCUGCUGCCCCGUCGGCUCCUGCCUGCCGUCUGUGGGCCUGGACUGUGUGGGCCACUGAGCACUGCCCAGGUGACAAGGAGGAGGGCAGAGAGAGCCUCAGCAUGGCUGUCCCAGCUGGCCACCCCUGGCCACCCUACUGCUGAAGCAGCCUGCCCCUGCGCACCCAGGCUGGAGGACCCGGGGCUUGUGAGGGCUAGGAGGGGCCACCGUUCAUGGGUCUCUAGGUAUUUCCGAGAUGCCUGGAAAGAGAGGCUGGGGCUGGUGGUGGGCCCGGCUGCCCCUCUGCCUGCUCCUCAGCCUUUACGGCCCCUGGGUGCCUUCCUCCCUGGGGAAGCCCAAAGGCCACCCCCACAUGAACUCCAUCCGCAUAGACGGGGACAUCACCCUGGGAGGCCUGUUCCCAGUGCAUGGCCGGGGCUCGGAGGGCAAGGCGUGUGGAGAACUCAAGAAGGAGAAGGGCAUCCACCGGCUGGAGGCCAUGCUCUUUGCCCUGGAUCGCAUCAACAAUGACCCGGACCUGCUGCCCAACAUCACGCUGGGCGCCCGCAUUCUGGACACCUGCUCGAGGGACACCCAUGCCCUGGAGCAGUCACUGACCUUUGUGCAGGCGCUCAUCGAGAAGGACGGCACGGAGGUCCGCUGUGGCAGCGGUGGCCCGCCCAUCAUCACCAAGCCCGAGCGCGUGGUGGGUGUCAUCGGUGCUUCAGGGAGCUCGGUCUCCAUCAUGGUGGCCAACAUCCUGCGCCUCUUUAAGAUCCCCCAGAUCAGCUACGCCUCCACAGCCCCCGACCUGAGUGACAACAGCCGCUACGACUUCUUCUCCCGCGUGGUGCCCUCGGACACAUACCAGGCCCAGGCCAUGGUGGACAUCGUGCGCGCCCUCAAGUGGAACUACGUGUCCACGCUGGCCUCGGAGGGCAGCUACGGCGAGAGCGGAGUGGAGGCCUUCAUCCAGAAGUCCCGCGAGGAUGGGGGCGUGUGCAUCGCCCAGUCGGUGAAGAUACCACGGGAGCCCAAGACAGGAGAGUUUGACAAGAUCAUCCGGCGGCUCCUGGAGACCUCAAACGCCAGGGCCGUCAUCAUCUUUGCCAACGAAGAUGACAUCAGGCGCGUGCUGGAGGCGGCGCGGAAGGCCAACCAGACAGGUCACUUCUUCUGGAUGGGCUCUGACAGCUGGGGCUCCAAGAUUGCACCUGUGCUGCACCUGGAGGAGGUGGCCGAGGGAGCCGUCACCAUCCUCCCCAAGAGGAUGUCCGUGCGAGGCUUCGACCGCUACUUCUCCAGCCGCACGCUGGACAACAACCGGCGCAACAUCUGGUUUGCGGAGUUCUGGGAGGACAACUUCCACUGCAAGCUGAGCCGCCACGCGCUCAAGAAGGGCAGCCACGUCAAGAAGUGCACCAACCGUGAGCGCAUUGGGCAGGACUCGGCAUACGAACAGGAGGGGAAGGUGCAGUUUGUGAUCGACGCUGUGUACGCCAUGGGCCACGCGCUGCACGCCAUGCACCGAGACCUGUGUCCUGGUCGUGUGGGGCUCUGCCCCCGCAUGGACCCCGUGGACGGCACCCAGCUGCUUAAGUACAUCCGAAACGUCAACUUCUCAGGCAUCGCAGGAAACCCCGUGACCUUCAAUGAGAAUGGAGAUGCCCCUGGGCGCUAUGACAUCUACCAGUACCAGCUGCGCAACGGCUCUGCCGAGUACAAGGUCAUUGGCUCCUGGACAGACCACCUGCACCUCAGAACAGAGAGGAUGCACUGGCCGGGGAGCGGGCAGCAGCUGCCCCGCUCCAUCUGCAGCCUGCCCUGCCAGCCGGGCGAGCGGAAGAAGACGGUGAAGGGCAUGCCCUGCUGCUGGCACUGCGAGCCCUGCACAGGGUACCAGUACCAGGUGGACCGCUACACCUGUAAGACCUGUCCCUACGACAUGAGGCCCACAGAGAACCGCACGGGCUGCCGGCCCAUCCCCAUCAUCAAGCUCGAGUGGGACUCGCCCUGGGCAGUGCUGCCCCUCUUCCUGGCCGUGGUGGGCAUUGCUGCCACGCUGUUUGUGGUGGUCACCUUCGUGCGCUACAACGACACACCCAUCGUGAAGGCCUCGGGCCGCGAGCUGAGCUAUGUGCUGCUGGCGGGCAUCUUCCUGUGCUACGCCACCACCUUCCUGAUGAUCGCCGAGCCAGACCUGGGCACCUGCUCCCUGCGCCGCAUCUUCCUGGGGCUGGGCAUGAGCAUCAGCUACGCCGCGCUGCUCACCAAGACCAACCGCAUCUACCGCAUCUUCGAGCAGGGCAAGCGGUCGGUCAGCGCCCCGCGCUUCAUCAGCCCCGCCUCGCAGCUGGCCAUCACCUUCAGCCUCAUCUCCCUGCAGCUGCUGGGCAUCUGCGUGUGGUUCGUCGUGGACCCUUCCCACUCGGUGGUGGACUUCCAGGACCAGCGGACGCUCGAUCCCCGAUUCGCCAGGGGGGUGCUCAAGUGCGACAUCUCGGACCUGUCGCUCAUCUGCCUGCUGGGCUACAGCAUGCUGCUCAUGGUCACGUGUACCGUGUACGCCAUCAAGACGCGUGGCGUGCCCGAGACCUUCAACGAGGCCAAGCCCAUCGGCUUCACCAUGUACACCACCUGCAUCGUCUGGCUGGCCUUCAUCCCCAUCUUCUUUGGCACCUCGCAGUCCGCGGACAAGCUGUACAUCCAGACGACGACGCUGACAGUCUCAGUGAGCCUGAGCGCCUCCGUGUCCCUGGGAAUGCUCUACAUGCCCAAGGUCUACAUCAUCCUCUUCCACCCGGAGCAGAACGUGCCCAAGCGCAAGCGCAGCCUCAAAGCCGUCGUCACCGCCGCCACCAUGUCCAACAAGUUCACGCAGAAGGGCAACUUCCGUCCCAAUGGGGAGGCCAAGUCCGAGCUCUGCGAGAACCUCGAGGCCCCAGCUCUGGCCACCAAACAGACCUACGUCACAUACACCAACCAUGCCAUCUAGCUCAGCCGCGGAGUCGAGCGGCUGAGGAGCCGCGCCCCACGGGGACGGGCCCCCAGCUAGAGCUGCUCCUGAGGGCCCGGCGGGGUCCCGCCUGCCAUGGUGCCCACGGACGUGGCUUGGUGCU